CAUUGUGACCGCUUGGCACUUUUGUUUCCUCUCCAACCCAUCGCCUCUUCUUCAAAUUCCUCUCCUUCUUCUGUGCUUCAGGGGGGAAAAAACAAGUAAAAAAUAUCUCCCUCUCUCUUUGAUACCUUUCCUACUGGUUUCUUCUCAACUUCCCUGCCAAGAAUGCCAAGCGUGGUUUCACUUCAAGCUGUAUACGUUCUGGCCUUUGUGUUUCUGCUGAUUUUGACUCUGGGGUUAGCUGGUGAUAUAGUACACCCCGAUAAUAUAGCUCCCAAGAAGCCUGGUUGCGAAAACAACUUUGUUCUGGUCAAAGUCCCUACAUUGAUUGAUGGUGUAGAAGACAGUGAAUAUGUUGGUAUUGGAGCACGGUUUGGCCAGUCGUUGGAAUCAAAAGAAAAGCAUGCCAACCAUACCACUGUUGUCUUGGCUGACCCUCCUGAUUGUUGUAGCAAGCUUGAAAAUGAGCUUACUGGCAAGGUCAUUUUGGUGCACCGAGGAAAUUGUAGUUUCACAACCAAGGCAAAUAGAGCUGAAGAAGCUGGGGCUUCUGCUAUCCUCAUUAUAAACUACCGAACAGAACUUUUCAAGAUGGUUUGUGAUGAGAAUGAAACUGAUGUUGAUAUUAGAAUACCUGCUGUCAUGCUUCCACAAGAUGCUGGCACAAACUUGGAAAAGCAUUUAGAGAAUAACUCUACUGUGUCAGUGCAGUUAUACUCUCCAUUGCGUCCAACAGUUGACGUUGCAGAAGUGUUUUUAUGGCUCAUGGCUGUUGGUACCAUUCUAUGUGCUUCUUAUUGGUCUGCAUGGACUGCAAGAGAAGCAGCCAUUGAGCAUGAGAAACUAUUAAAGGAUGGUUCAGAGGAACCUAUAAAUAUGGAGAAUGUUGGUUCCAGUAGUUAUGUGGAAAUUAGUACUGCUGCAGCAAUUCUUUUUGUUGUGGUUGCUUCUUGUUUCUUGGUCAUGAUUUACAAAUUAAUGUCAUACUGGUUUAUUGAGGUUUUGGUGGUUCUAUUUUGCAUUGGUGGGGUAGAGGGACUCCAAACUUGUUUGGUGGCUCUUCUAUCAUGUUUCAGAUGGUUUCAACAGGCUGGGCAAAAUUUUGUUAAAGUACCCUUAUUUGGAGCGGUAUCAUAUCUGACACUUGCAGUUACUCCUUUCUGCAUAGCAUUCACUGUUGUUUGGGCAGUACAUCGCCGCAUCUCCUUUGCUUGGAUUGGUCAAGAUAUUCUUGGCAUUGCUUUGAUAAUCACAGUUCUUCAGAUAGUCCACAUACCAAAUCUUAAGGUUGGAACUGUUCUUCUUAGUUGCGCCUUCCUCUAUGACAUCUUUUGGGUCUUUGUCUCUAAAUGGUGGUUCCAUGAGAGUGUGAUGAUAGUGGUAGCUCGAGGUGAUAAGAGUGGGGAAGAUGGUAUUCCCAUGCUACUAAAGAUACCCCGCUUGUUUGAUCCUUGGGGUGGUUACAGCGUCAUUGGUUUUGGGGACAUAAUCUUACCUGGGCUGCUAGUAGCAUUUUCUCUAAGGUAUGAUUGGCUGGCAAAGAAGAAGCUUAGGGCUGGAUACUUCUUGUGGGCAAUGACAGCUUAUGGUUUAGGUCUUCUGGUGACAUAUAUAGCUUUGAACAUGAUGGACGGGCAUGGCCAACCAGCUUUGCUGUACAUAGUACCAUUUACGCUUGGAACCUUUUUGGCGUUGGGAAAGAAUAGAGGUGAACUCAAGAUUCUAUGGACAAGAGGUGAACCAGAAAGGCCUCCUUGCCCGCACAUGCAAGUCCAACAAGAGGAUCAGCCUCAGUAAAUGAAGCUUAGUAGUAUCUUAGGUUCUUCAGUUUACUUGAGAUCGAUAGAAACUUUUAGGAGCUUGUCAAAUUUGUGCACUGGCUUGUAACAAUUGCAAAAGCAUUCAACCCAUAAUGUGGUAGCUUCAACUUGAUAUUAGGCAUCAAUGUGGUAGCUUCAACUUGAUAUUAGGCAUCCCAUGGAAUCCACAACUAGUACAUGUAAAAUUUUGAUUUGCUAGACAGCGUCGAAGGUCUUGUAAUUAUAUCCUUCGAAGUUGCUUCCGGAAGCAUAACAUAAUAUUGAGAAGAAAAUAGCAGAAA